UACGUCUCCUCGUCAUCUACGUGGAAGCUUUCGUGUUUGUGAUCGGUCGAGUUGGCUUUCAUGUGCAUGUUCUAGUGCUUUCAGACAGCCUUAUCUGUGCUACCUGUGAAUUGCGAUGUAGGUUAUCGCUACACGCAUUUUCGCGCCUGACAAUGAAGCGCAGUUAUUGGCCUCGUUCAUACGCUGCACUCGCUCUCGCGCCCUGGGACCAAGAUCACGUAUAGAGGAAGCUAUGAUCAUUCGGCUAUGUCAAUGCGUUGGGCCGAAAUCGCGCUGUACGCGACGACGCACAGGAUGCGUCACACUUUCCAGAGGACCCGUAGAUAGCUGGGCAUCAUCCCACAUGUAACCUCUAUUCGCAUCAUCGUUGCCACGCCGCAAGGUGCUGGCCGGGCCCGACUUCCCGGCCUCCCCUCCGACUGCGUCGCCCUGCCGCCACGCGAUGGCGGCUUUGGACUGCUGCCGGUGGUGGAACACCUACCUGCCUCCGGUCACCAUCCUACGCCCGGCUGUGCUGGUGCCCGGGCCCUGGUGCUUUGCACUUCCGCUCUGGGGCAAUCCUGUCUUGCCGUGUGCGGCGGGGCUUCAGGCGGGUGGCUUGGAACGUGACUUCCCGGCUCUCAUGGCGCUGCCGGGUCUGCUCACGCUCGGCACGGCAGUGCGGUGCUGGGAGGCGCUGGCCGCGGUGCGCCAGCUGGUGGCUUCCAAGCCGGCUGGUGCGCUGGGGCCGCGCCUCGCGCGUCGCUGCACUAUGCAGUACAAGCGGUCCGUCCUGCGCCCCAUCCUGCGCAUUGCGGAUAUGGCGCGCGUGCCGCCGGAGCUGCAGUCCGGCCCGGAUGCUGCUGCCCAAUUCUCCGCGCUGCUGGCCCGUGUACCGGCGGCGUGGAGGGUGGCGGCGUCGGCCACCUUGCAUGCGCCUGGCGGCGCGGCCUCCGCGCCUCCUGCCCCCCAGGCAACCCAGCUUCAACUUGCGCCUGCGUACGACGCACUCCGCGUGCGUCACUUGGCCUUCAUCCAAGAGGCCUACAGCGGCGCCGCGCCGCCAGCGGAAGCGAUUCAUGCGCUGCGGGCGGCCCUGGCGCGGCUGUGGGCUUUGGUGUGGGAGCCGCGACACAAGGAACCAUGACUGCUGGGGCUAGGGUUCAUCACUUCUGGGACUGUGUGGUGGCGGAGGCUCUGCGUGAUGUGAUGCGGGAGCAUGCGAAUGUGGACAUCACACGGAACCAGUUGUGGUUAGUACAGGCGCCACCAGGGCUAUCGCAGGCGGUGUGGGACAUCGUGUGCUUGGCUGCUGUGGCGGCCCUGGAAUACGGCCGACAGCGCCUUUACGCUUGCCGUGAUGCUGCAGACCGGACUGCGGAGGUUGCUGUUGUGCGAAGGAUCGGUGUGGAGGUGAUUGCGGACUUCUGGUCACGGCUAGCUGCGUUUGUGAGUCUGCGUCGGCCUCCGCGCCGCUGGGACCUUGUCCCGCACCAGCACCCAUUCCUAGCGUCAGAUGAUGUUGGAGGGGUUAUCUUGGUAGGGCCAACAGCGGACUCGCCACCGGCCUCACCCUAGCUUGUCAGCUUAGGGACUCGCAAUAAGAGGUAGUCUUAUGACGCCGACCCACGGCUUAGGUGAGCAGCGCUAGCGUUUGCGGUGAGCCGGGCCUGGGGUUCCUCCCCUCUCCGGAGGCGAGGAGCAUGGGGGUCAUUCGGGGAUCUCUCCUCGGGUGAGCGUGCGUGUCUCGUACGUUUUUGGGGCCCUGGCUAGUCCACGGCUGUCGUCCCACAUGUAACCUCUAUCAGCU